AUGGAGUCCAUCAAUUUCAUCAAAGGCUACGGCAAAGUCAACCCCGCCGACGACCGCCCAAAUCCUCCCCCAAACCCCCGCCGUAAAAUCAUCUUCGCCCUCUCACUCGCCGCCCUCCUCCUGAUGACCGUCGCCAUCGUCUCGCUCGUCGCCGUCGCCAUCAUCGAGUCAGCCACCGAGUCGGAAGAAUCUGAGGCGCCAUCUCAACAACUCGCCUCCAACUCGCUCCGCACCGUGUGCGCCGUGACUCGGUACCCCGACUCGUGCUUCUCCUCUAUCUCCCCCCUCAACUCGCCUCCGUCGAGCAACCCCCUCCGGUUCUUCAACCUCUCCCUCCAGGCGAGCACGGCCUCGAUCUCCUGUCUCAAGAGCCAUCCCGCCGGCCCGGAGGCCGAUCCGGCCAUGAAGGACUGCGCCGAGCUGUUCGACGACGCGGCGAGUCAACUCGGACGUUCGGCUGAUUCGAUCCGCGUGGAGCGCGGGGAGAAGGUGCUGACGGAGACGAAGAUCGGCGACCUGAAGACGUGGAUCAGCGGCGCCAUGACGGAUCUGGAGACGUGCCUCGACGGGCUGUCGGAGACGGGAUCGCCGGCGGCGGUGGGGGGUGAGUUCAGGGCGUGGGUGCAGAAGUCGCAGGAGCACACGAGCAACACCCUAGCAAUCCUCAAUAAUAUUCCGAGCCUCUGCAAGAAAUUUGGCAUCCCCAUGCCCUGA